AUCUGCAAAUAUGUUUCAAAAUUCAAGAUCCGAUUCAGAUGAAGAAAAUUCAAGUCCGUUCAUUUUUGAGCGCAUAAAAACACCAAACGGCAAACAAUCAAUGCUCAAUAGCGUAAGCACAUAUCUUCUAGUGAAUACAAAAUCAUCUGCAAAUAAUCAUUUGCCAUUUUCAACGAAUUAUAAAUUCAAAUCGUGCUAUUUGCUGCCCAGAUUUGAACGCUUGGCCCCAGACUUUCGAUCAUUUAAAAUAAGAAAAGAUGAUGUAUGGAUUUUAGCACAUCCAAAAUCGGGUUCAACGUGGAUAGAAAAUAUCGUUUGGCAAUUGAAAAAUGGUUUUGAUUUUUUUAAAGAACCGAUUGCAUUACUUACUAAUCAAGUUUUUGAGCGUGACAUAAAAAGUGAAAAUAUUGAUUUUCUCAAAAAACUGAAUGACACACCAUCACCACGAAUUAUAAAAUCACAUUUGCCACCACAUUUAUUGCCAAUGGAACUGUGGACGAUUCGACCGAAGAUCAUUUAUAUUGCACGAAAUCCAAAAGAUGUUGCAAUUUCGAUGUUUCACAUGCUGCGCAGUGGAUACAAAGAGUUCACGACCACAAUUGAAGAAAUGUUUGAUAUAUUUUUAGAUAAUAGAAAUUUGUUUGGACCAUUUCAUGCUCAUAUUCUUGCAUAUUGGGAGAUUCGACAUUUGGAAAAUUUCCAUUUUUUAACAUAUGAAGAUCUUUCAGCCGAUCCGUUUGAUGAAAUCAAAAAAAUUGCCGCAUUUCUACAAUGUACAUACAAUGCAAACGAAUUGAAACAACUCACCGACUAUGUUUCAAUUGAUAACAUGCAGAAUCUUUACACCAAACCAUUAAAUGGAUUUCAAUUUUUUAGAAAAGGGAAGGUUGGUGCAUUUUUUGAGGAAAUGACCGAAGAAUAUAUAAGGAAAUUUGAUGCAUGGACAGAUUUUCAUUUCAAAGGUUCUGAUUUUAAAUUCACCAUAUAAAUUAUGAAUGAAAAUGUAAUUCGA